CCAAAAAUAAGUAAAGAUAAAACAAAAAAAUAUAAACAGUAUAAACAUGAAAAUUCAAGGAAAACAACACCAAAAUUUAAUAUACCGUUUGCUUUUCCUGGAGGGAUUUGUCAGUCAUCAGAGAAGUGGGUAAUGGAAGCCGAGAGAACUAGUCACUGAACAUACAUGGUUCUAGCUAGAUAACUGGUGCAAGCUCAUAAAGACGAAGAAAAAAUAUACCGUAAGAUGUGCACAGUUUAUUUUAGAAUGUGAGGGCUGUAAAAACAUCUGGGCCCAUUCAUCGCUACAAGAAAAGCUAUGAACGUGGGAAGUACGGACGUAAAAUACUGUAUAUAUUAAUAUUUAAAGAAACAAACGGUGAAAGGAAAGUAAAUUUAAGGCUGAGCAAAGAACACAUUACUAAAAUUUGGCAAACGUAUGGUUACUGAGAUGAGAUGAUGAGGGAAUAUGUAAGACUAGAGCUGUAUCAGCUCAUGAUAUAUUUAGUGUUGAGUUCCAUACUGGUGACUGUGGAGACAUCACUACCUUCUUCAAGAACUAACUACCUCUACAACCUCCACCUAACACAGCCAACUAUCCAUGCCAAUGAUGUUGGGAGGAAUAAGAAAAGAGCGUUUGUUAAUGACAACGAAAUUGACCAAAUACCUGAGAAUGAAGAUAUGAAGCACACUGGGUUCUUGGAUAAGAAAGUACCAGGAAGUCUUCCUUUAUCGAGUGUGGGUAUUUCAAGGGAGGGUAGUCUGAAUGACAUUCAGCACUCACUCAAACGUUCGAGUUUUUAUGGACUUAACGAUGGUCUUCAGAAAGUGAACGAAAGCCCCAGAUUACCAAGAGAGAGUACAAUUCAACUGCUGCGUCUUCUAACACAGCCUUCCACCACUUGUAGAAGGCUUGUGAGAGUAGGGGGUCGUUCCUGCCUUGGAGCCUUCGAUGGAUCAAAGCUCAUGUGCCUGGAUGACGACGUAAUGAUACGCCCUCUCCACUGCCUCGUCUACUCCUUCGGGGUUGGCAACGACUUUACCUUUGAUGAACACAUGCAGGACUUCGGCUGUGAGGUACACGCCUUCGACCACGACGAACAUCACGAAAUCUACGACUUUAGGAUCGGUCCCACCGCCUUCUUCCACAAGACCAGGAUAGGCACCAGGACCCGUUACUUCAGGUACUGCGAGAACUCGACCCAAGGCCGCCGUUGUGACCCUUUUAUCCGCUAUCAAACUAUGACUGACAUUCGCAGGAGCCUGGGUCAUGAAGGACGUCCGGUGGACUACAUGAAGCUGGAUAUUGAAGGUGAGGAGUGGGGAGUGCUGCAGCAGGUGCUCCUCAACACCUCUGUUCUCGCUUCUGUCACACAGCUCUCCUUUGAGAUCCACUUAGACAUGCUGCGAAAUGUGAAAGAGCCAGAGAGUCGGCAAGCCAUCAUUGCCUCCUACAUGAAGGUUCUACAAGGUCUGGCUGCCUUGGGGUUCCACUUGGUCAGCUAUGAGGAGAACAUGCUAAAUCCCCAAUAUGAAAUAGUAGAUGGGGUUCAAAUGAACCUCUAUGCUGAGCUCUUGUACUUACGAAGAAAAUAUACUGGUGAGAAACUGCCACUGGGUGGCUAAAUCACCCUUAAACAAAAACUCUAAGCAUGUUGCGUGUUACCCAUAGCAGUAAUACAGUACAGUAUAUUGUGCCAGAAAAUAAAGGUCAGAACAUAACAUGUAGUCUUUGGCCAAGCAUAUCUCAGAGUGUUCUAAACUAUUAUCCUAGUGAGUAUGGUUAGUUUAAAAAAUAAAUGGUAGCUUGGAAACAGUCUUAUAUAUCUCAUGAUCGUGCGCCUUAUAUGCAGGAAAAUACGGUAUGUAGUUUAUGAAUGGUAAAUCAGGCCUUGAAUGAUUAUCAUGUACAUAAUAUAAUACUUGUAGUUGUCCAAAAGAUUUUUUCAUAUUCAUCCCAAAAGCACUAAUAGGUAUUUCUAAGCACUCAGACUAUGGUAUUAAUUUAAAAUUCAGGAAUAAUAAUAAGUAUUCUGAAUACAGUAUUAUAAUUGCAACAAUACAUUUGGAAUGGCAAUUGUAUUCUGACUUUCUUUGUUUUUAUUUACUUGCCAAGUAUCCCAGCUAUGCAUAUUAUCUUGAAUUGCUGUACUGUAGUUCAGUUAAGAUAGCGAAAGAACAAAUAAAAUGCAAGGUAAAUUAAAUGAUAACUGAAGUAUAUUACUAUAAAAUUCUGAGUUUAUAAAGUAAGACUAAAAUUGCAAACCUUACUUCUCAAAAUAAAAUAAAAUAAUAAUGUACAAGUACAUGUACAUGGUACAGGCCUAGCUGACAUCAAUGACAUACCACUAUGUAGAAAGCCCCUUGUUACGCUGUGCAUUUCGGGCAAAUUAGGUUAGUUCUGUCCCAGGAUGCGACCUUCGUCAGCCUAAUUCCUAAUUCCAUAUUCUUUUAGCAGACAAUUUGCCUGACAGUUUGAGAAGUGCCAAGGCAAAUUUUGUUUGCAAGAUGGUGCCCCAUGCUAUGCUGCAAGACAUAAAAAAUUAGCUACAUGAUGGUGAUAUAUCAUUCUUUAAUGACUAGCCUGGUAACUCAUCAGACUUUAAUCUGAUAAGGAACAUGUAGAACCUUUUUUAGCAUAAGCUUCAUUGCAUGGACGUGUCUUCCCCAAACUCUUUACCACUGAGCAGGUGUGGGAGGGUAUCAAGUUAUGUAUUCUCCAUAAUGUAGCUUUAUCAGUGCCUUGAUAUUAGCAUAUUAUUGGUAAAACAAUAUAUUAUUGUGUUCUCAUUAUCUGUACUGAUGCACAUGCAUAUUUAUGAUAAUUACAAUAGAUGUUCUGGACUGACUGGGGUAGUAGACCAGUCAUUAGUAAUCUUCCAGGUUGAAGUAGCUCUCAGCCCUAAUCGCCUGCAUUGAGUCCUGGGAGUGACACACAAAUCCUAUAAUGUAGUAUUCAAAAUAACUGGAGUUUAGAGCCAAGAGACAUGGACCUAAGCAUGGACUGAAGUUGCCAAGCUUUAUAUUCCCAAGGAGCUCCCCAAACAUGAGUUCAUGGUGUUGCCCAUGCCAUUCCAAAGACUUCCUUCCCCACUGUAUCUCGGUCUGAAUGCCCUAUCAUCCAACACUGGAUAACCACUCCAGUGGUGGAGAUGACAAUCUUUACAAAACUAUAGUACUAUGAUGCUGAACUUCUCUGUAACGGUGACAGUUAACAUAGUUUGCUGGGUCAUAGGAAUACAAGCUCUCCCCAUCCUCACUGUGUCAAGAUUGCUGCCUAAACAAGGUAACUGAUUGGAAAGACUGGACGAGAUAUAAGCAACAAUACAAUAAUAAGUACGAAAGCAAUCAAAUCAGUAUAUUUCUGAAAUGCUUCCAAUGCACAGUACUGCUCACAUGAAGAACCUUGCUGAAAAACUCCACGUAAGAGAUGAACUGCUUAGACGUAAUAUAGAAGAGCAAUGUGACCAUAACAAAGGCAAUCCUCUCCUUUUAGAAGCAUAAGUUUUGAUUUGUUCACAAUAGUUUUUUUUUAUUUAAUACACAAAAUUAAAAUGAGACACUGAAAAUUGAAAGAAAAAAAAUAUAUAGUAAACUUUAUUAGGACAAUUUUUUUUUAACAUGCUGGUUUCUCCCACCGAGGCAGGGUGCCCCCCCCCCCCAAAAAAAAAUCACCAUCAUUCACACUAUCACCGUCUUUGCAGAGGUGUGCAGAUAUGACAGUUUAGACGUCACUCUAAACAGAAAAUAUCCCACACCCAGGACUCAAGUCUGGUUAACCAGUUUCCCCAAAUUCUGUCAUAAAAUAUUACCCUGCUCACACUCCAACAGUUAAUAAAGUCCCAAAAACCAUUCAUCUCCACUCACUUCUAUCUAAUAUGCUUACACAUGCCUGCUGUAUAUCCAAGCCCCCUUCACACAAAACCUUUUUAACCCCCGUCCCUCCAUCCUUUCCUAGGACGAGCCCUACCCCUCAUGGUAUAAUCUCUGAUACAGCACAAUACAGAUUAAGAAAAUCCAAUCCAAAAAUGUGCCAAAAUAAUUAGUGCUAAGAGAAUAAAUUCAGGAAUCAAAUAACAAUACAUGUACAUACAGUAUGUUAAAAUUAAAUAACAAGUAGAAUGAGUAGCCAGUGAACGGUUACCUAUUGCUGAUAAUUUUGUGGCAUAAUUCUCUAAGAACCUGUUGCUCUCUAGUUUAAAGCCAAGUGAUGUGAUAAAGCUUAUUGCUACCUGUGAAACAAUAUUUUUAUUUUAAAUAAGUAAGCAGAGCUAUAUCUUGCUACUACCAGAUCCAUCAGAAUUGCCAGAUCAACCAGGCUGUGAUAGAUAUGUGAAACAGUGAGCUUCCAACAACAGCCUGGUUGACUAGGCAAACACCAGACUGGGCUAUGGGAGCAAAAAACUCAAAACAGUCACAGAUCUAUAAUAAAUGCCUUGGGAAGUAAUACUACUGGUAUACAAUAUAAUUUAAAUUUUACAAUACAUAUACACUUCAUAAUACAAAGAAUAAUAAUUUAUACUUUUUACAUUAUUGUGAUUCAUACAAUUAGAUACAGUUUUAAUUGAAAGCACCAAUCUGAUAUUACAGAACUAUAAACAUCAAUUGAACAUCCUUUAGUAAAACAGUGGUGGCUAUAAAAUUUUCGACAUUAUUGUAAUGUGCACCUUAUUACUAAGUUAAAUAUUUAGGAUAUGGUGUAACUUCUGUUGCCCU